AAGUCGUGAAACGCAACAAAACAAAACAAGAAAACAGUUUUCUCCGAAAAAAGGCCGAGGGGAGGGUUAUAUGACUUAAUCAGAUAUCUUAUUUUCAUAGAAUCCUGAAAUCUCUUUCUCUUCGAUUUCAUUUCGAUGGCUGAUCGUCGAAAUAAUCAAGUAUCAUUGAGGGGAGCAAGUGCUAAAGAGAUAACAAGAGCAGCACUUCUCGAAAAAGUUACACAAGAAAGAGAGCUUCGUAAUCAUACGCGUAAAGCUGCAUCUGCAUCUCUCUUCAUUCAGAGAGUAUGGAGGGGUUACAGUGUUACGAAGAAAUUGGUUGUCCAAAUUCGGCAAGAAUGGGAGGAAGCUGUAGUGAAUUGCCAGCCUGAUGUUGUGAUUACUGGUGAAUGGGUGUCGAACUGUUUAUUGAGACCGUUUAUUUUCUUUAUAACUCAUUCGUCUAUUGCACAAAGGAAGUUGGAAGCGAGGAAUUUGAGUUGUAUGCUGACUUGCUUUAAGUUUCUCUUGCAAAGCAUUGACUCAACUGAAUCUCAGAAGAAUUUUUGUUCUUUGGCUACGGGUACACUUGAGGAGAGAACUACGUGGAAUUACCAAGCAAAGAAGAUAAUUUUUGUAUCGUCAUUUGUGCUUGGUGAAUGUGAUCCAGCGGGUCCUGUGGGGGAUGACUUCUGUUUGGCUACUUCACUUGCAAUGCGGGCGGUUGUUGCCUUGACUGAUUUGAAAGGGUGGAAAUGCAUCAAUAGUGAAGGUCUAAAUGGUGCAGAGAUUUCUGUAAAGCAUUUAGUCAAAUUUAUAGGAACUGAGCAAAGUGGUCUUCAUAGGAGUAUUAGGAAAUAUUUGAUGAAACUGGAUAUGAAAGUUCCUUUGCAAGGAAGCUCGGCUCUGCAGACAGGUGAUCAUUUCUUGAUUAUUGCAAGUGCUAUAACAUUGGCAUUACGACCUUUUCAAGCUGGCAAAUCACUUCCAAAUGAUUCCCUGUACUUGGAAAUGCAAGACGUUGUGGAACAGCAUUGUGUUUUUCUACUUACAGUUCCUUGGCUAGUUCAACGUGUACCAGUGAUUCUCGUGCCUGCUUUGAAGCACCAGUCUGUGUUCGCGCCUUGCCUCAGCACUUUACUGACAUCUAAGGAGAAUAUCUUCAUGAAAAUGUCAAAGUUGGAUGAUUCUGCUGCUUGUCACCGAUUUAUUCCAAAUGCUGGUUGGGCUCUUGCAAACAUAAUAAAUUUGGCAACAGAGUAUACGAACAACUCCUCAAAUCCAGGGAAAUUUUCUUCUGGUCUAGAUUGCAGAGUGUAUGUUCGUGUUGUUAGCAUUUUUGCAGAGAACUUAUUGUCUGUGCUUGAUAAUGUUGGUAGCAUAAGGAAGGUGGAGAACCAUGAAUAUCAAGAACAUUUUGUUUCUUCUGGAGAAAAUAUUGAGCCUGCUGUAUCCCAGAGCCACACAACUUUCGAAACCUUAAAGUUGCCAUACUUAGGCAUUUUUAGGCCAGUCCAUCAGCGGUGGCAUCUUGUGACACUUCUGUCCUCAAUCAAGAAGGAUGCGCUUUCUCUGCAAAAUGGUAUUUCUCCUCCCAAUCAGAAGCUGGAUUGUUUAGGCAACUUGGAACUGCUUGACGUCGCAUAUUUCUAUUCGUACAUGUUGAGAAUAUUCUCAUCCUUAAACCCCGCGGGUGGAUCAUUACCUAUCCUUAACUCACUAUCUUUUACUCCUGGAUUUCUUACUCAUUUAUGGAAAGCUCUUGAAGCUUCCAUAUUUCCAGAAAAUUGCACCAGUUCUAUUUCUGACAAACCUUGCACAAGCGAAACCGGAGUGAAUAAUGAUGGAAGUACUGGUAGAAAGUUAAAAUUGACCUCAAAGGAUUCAGGGAAUAAGUGGGUGAAUGCACUACAAAGGAUCACCAGAAAAUCGACUAGGGAUGUGGAGGAUAGUCACUCUGUUUAUGAACCACCGAGUUUUGAUCACUCCGAGGAAGACUCAUGUGAAACAUGGGAUGUUGAACUUUUCAAGCAAGGGCCACUAGGUCUGUCAAGAGAUAUGUCAUGUAUGCUACAUCUCUUUGCUGCUAUAUAUUCUCAUCUCCUGUUAGUGCUGGAUGAUAUAGAAUUUUAUGAAAAGCAGGUUCCAUUCACACUGGAGGAACAAAGGAAGAUCGCAUCCGUGCUUAAUACCUUGGUGUAUAAUGGGUUUUCUCAUGGUAGCCUUCGUAAUAAACCAUUAAUGGAUGCUGCAGUUAGAUGCCUCCAUUUGUUGUAUGAGAGAGAUUGCAGACACCAGUUCUGUCCGCCUUCUCUGUGGCUCUCACCGGCCAGAAAUAGUCGCCCUCCUGUUGCAGCAGCUGCUAGAGCUCAUGAAUCUAUAUCUGCUAAUUCUAGGCCUGAGGAUGCUUUAUCAUUUCCAAGCAUGGGUUCUGCUAUCACUACCACCCCUCAUGUAUUUCCAUUUGAAGAAAGAGUUCAGAUGUUCAGAGAAUUCAUUAAGUUGGACAAAGUAUCUAGAAGAAUGGCUGGUGAAGUUGCGGGGCCUGGUCCAGGAUCGAUAGAGAUAGUGAUUCGCCGUGGUCAUAUUGUUGAAGAUGGAUUUAAACAGUUAAACUCCCUUGGGUCAAGGUUGAAGUCAUGUAUUCAUGUUUCCUUUGUCAGUGAAUGUGGCUUGCCAGAGGCUGGCCUGGACUAUGGUGGUUUAUCAAAAGAGUUCCUAACUGAUAUAUCAAAAACAGCUUUUGACCCUGAUUAUGGAAUAUUUUCUCAGACGUUAACUUCAGAGAGACAUUUAAUUCCAAAUACAUCUGCGAGAUUUCUAGAUAAUGGUAUGCAAAUGAUUGAGUUCCUAGGCAGAGUUGUUGGAAAAGCACUUUAUGAAGGAAUUUUGUUGGAUUAUUCCUUCUCACCUGUUUUUGUACAAAAGAUUUUAGGCCGCUUUAGUUUUGUUGAUGAAUUGUCAACACUUGAUCCGGAAGUCUACAGGAAUCUUAUGUACGUCAAGCAUUAUGAUGGUGAUGUCAAGGACCUGUCGCUGGACUUCACAGUUACAGAGGAAAUAGUUGGUAAACAUGUUGUCUCUGAGCUUAAACCUGGUGGGAAAGACAUGGCAGUGACAAAUGAGAAUAAGUUACAGUAUGUUCAUGCAAUUGCUGACUAUAAACUCAAUCGGCAGAUGAUACCUCUGGCAAAUGCAUUUUAUAGAGGCAUGAUUGACAUUAUAUCGCCAUCUUGGUUGAAUAUAUUUAAUGCUAGUGAAUUCAAUCAGCUGCUUUCAGGUGGAAGCCAUGACAUUGACAUUGAUGAUUUAAGAGAAAACACGAGGUACACUGGCGGCUAUUCUGACGGAAGUCGAACAGUUAAAAUUUUCUGGGAGGUUAUUGCAGGAUUUGAGCCAAAGGACCGGGGUAUGCUUCUAAAGUUUGUGACAAGUUGUUCUUGUGCUCCUUUACUUGGAUUUAAACACUUACAACCAACCUUUACUAUUCACAAGGUUGUGUGUGAUGUUCCUCUUUGGGCAUCCUUUGGAGGUCAAGACGUGGACAGACUUCCUUCGGCCUCUACAUGCUAUAACACACUGAAGCUUCCUACAUAUAAACGGGCGAGUACUCUGAGGUCAAAGCUUCUUUAUGCAAUAAAUUCAAAUGCAGGAUUCGAGCUCUCUUAAAAUAUGAGGUAUACACCUGUGGAAAUUCUGUAAGCUUUCUAGUUAUCUAACCUUGUAAGUAAGCCAAUCUGAAUUUGAGGUUGUAAUAUUGUGUAUAGCAGAAACCUAAUUGUUAAAUACUAUAAUGAACAAAGAGAAUCUAUUCCAUGCUUCAGGGUUACCCCAGUUUUUUGGUUGCUUAGUGCAUGUGUCAAGUAAAAACUAGUUGUUGUAUUUUUAUUUUAAAUUUAAUAUUCUUGGUUUGAGCAA